AUGGCGGACAGGGCAUUGGUGGAUGUUAACAAACUGAAGUUGACUGAACUAAGACAAGAAUGUGCUUCAAGAGGAUUAGACACUAAAGGAAAUAAGCAGGACCUCAUUCAGAGACUGCAGGCUUUCCUAGAAGAACAUGCUGAGGAAGAAGUGAAUGAGGAAGAUGUUCUAGCUGAAGAUACAGAGGAGGAAGAGCAGCAGCAAAAAGUUGAACCAGAAGUUAAAACUCAAACUGUUGCUGUCAAGGAACCAGAAGAAACUGUAGCAAAGAAGUUGGUUAAAAUAAUGGCACCAAUGACAGAGAGUGAGAGGUUAAAGAAAAGAGCAGAGCGCUUCAAUGUACCAGGGACAGCUGAGAGUAAGAAAGCUGCUCGUGCUGCACGGCUGAUGGGUAAAUCACUUUCUAUUUCAGUUACUUCUGGGAAUAUCAAAACUGCGACUGAAGAUGACGAGAAGAUGAAGAAGAGGAAGGAACGAUUUGGAAUUGUGACUAGUUCGGGAGGAGGUGGAGAUGAUGUUGAGCCAAACACCCCCAAGGUGCACAAGGAGCUACUGGGGCAACUGACUAAAGGUUCAGUCAAAGAGGUAGGAUUUGAAGAGUUAUUUCAGGAUGGACAGGGAAGCAAAGACCUCUAA